AUGGCCAAAGGCACAGAUGAAACAGAAAAGCUGCUGAAGAGAAUCCAGGAGCUGGAAGAGACGGUGCAAAGGCUAGAAGAAAGGCUUGUGGAAAACAGAAAGAGCACAGGUGGCGGGAAUGGCCUCCCAGCAUCAGGAAAGGGGAGGAAACAUCCACAGCGGCCGUUCGAUUUCAGCGCGUAUGGCCAGAGGCACGUGGCACUGAAGAUAGCCUACCUGGGGUGGGGCUAUCAGGGCUUUGCCAGCCAGGAGAACACGAACAAUACGAUAGAAGAGAAGCUAUUUGAGGCCCUCGGAAAAACCCGGCUGGUGGUCAACAGACAGACUUCUAACUAUCAUCGCUGCGGACGUACUGACAAGGGAGUCAGUGCAUUUGGACAAGUGAUCUCCUUGGAUCUCCGUUCAAACCUUUCAGAGAGUAAACCUGGAGUUGCCACAGAAGGUAAAAGUCGUAUUUCAGAGGAGAUCCGCUACACCCAUAUUUUGAAUCAGGUGCUUCCUCCUGACAUAAGAGUAUUGGCAUGGGCUCCUGUAGAUCCUAGCUUCAGUGCUAGAUUUAGCUGCCUGAAGAGGACCUAUCGCUAUUUUUUCCCCCGUGCUGAUCUGGAUGUUGCUCUCAUGAAUGCCGCAGCUCAGAGAUUUGUAGGGACCCAUGAUUUUCGUAAUCUCUGCAAAAUGGACGUAGCCAACGGCGUGACCAACUUUCAGAGGACAAUCCUGACUGCAGAAGUGAAGCUUGCAGACCAAGAAGGGAAAGUGGAAGACCUAAAUCCUUUCCAAAUGUAUGAGUUUGAAGUGACAGGCCAAGCAUUUCUCUAUCACCAAGUCCGCUGCAUGAUGGCCAUCCUCUUCCUGAUUGGACAAAGGAUGGAGAAGCCACAGAUUAUUGAUGAGUUGUUUGAUAUAGAAACCAAUCCUAGGAAACCACAAUACAGCAUGGCAGUGGAAUUUCCUCUAGUUUUAUAUGACUGUGAGUUUGAAAACAUCCAGUGGAUCUAUGAUCAUCAAGUCCAUGAAUUCAAUGUUACACGCUUUCAGCAGCUUUGGACCAACCAUGCUAUUAAAACUCAUAUGCUAUACAGCAUGUUACGGGGCCUGGAUUUUGCAAAGAUACCUACAGAGCCAGCUUCAAGCAACAGCACAACGAUUCUCUGGAGAGAGGUAACACCGCCAGUCCACAACCAGAUUAGUGCUUUAAUCGAGGGAGUGAAAGCCCGCAAUUACAAACCGUUAAUGGAUCGGCCCAAAUGUGAAGGUCUAGAAUCUCGCAUCAGUCAUUUUGUGCGCAGAGGACGCAUUGAACAACCAGAUUUGAAAAAAACAAAGCAUUCUGAAAGAGAAUCGGAAGAGCAAGUGGAAAUUAAAAGCAACCAGGUGGAUUCUAUAGAAUUGGACAAGGAAAUUCCAGAACAAGCUGCAAAAAGAAUCUGUAUUAGCCCAGACUGAAGUUUCCUGAUACUAUUUUGCUAUCUCCAAGCAGAUGAAAUUAUCUUUUACAGACAUUGAAAACUAUAAUGGUAAAUAAUUGGA